CACGGCCCUGGAGGGACCAGGGGGCGGGGCGUCAGGCGCCGGGCGCUUCCGGUCACGUGAAGAGGUUGUUUGAAGCCGCGGUGCGGUGGCGGCGCUGUCAUGGCCGCCCCGGCCGAGACGGAUCGGCUGCUGGGCCGCGGCGCCGGUUACGGCACGGAGCCGCCGCCGCCGCCGGCCGAGGAGGAGGAGGAGGAGGAGCUGCGCCGCCGCCUCAAGUACUUCUUCAUGAGCCCCUGCGACAAGUACCGCGCCCGGGGGCGGCGGCCCGUCAAGCUGGGGCUGCAGCUCGCCAAGAUCCUCCUCGUCACCGUCCAGCUCAUCCUCUUCGGGCUCAGCAACCAGAUGGUGGUGACGUUCAAGGAGGAGAACACCAUCGCCUUCAAGCACCUCUUCCUCAAGGACUACGUGGACGGCUCGGACGACUCGUACGCCGUCUACACGCAGCGCGAGCUCUACGAGCGCGUCUUCUACGCCGUGGAGAAGUACUUGGCCAUCCCCAACGAGACCAUCGGGCGCUACGCCUACGUGCGGGGCGAGCACGGGGCCAACCGCUCGGCCCUCAUGCUGUGCCAGCAGUUCUACCGCAAAGGGCGCAUCGACCCGGCCAACGACACCUUCAACAUCGACCCCAAAAUUGUCACAGACUGCCUGGGAGUGGAGCCCGAGGAGCCGCAGCCUCUCCCGCCAGAGCUGGACCGCAGCUACAGGAACUUCACGCUCAAAUUUCACAAGCUCAUCAACGUCACCAUCCAGUUCAAGCUGAAAGCCAUCAACAUCCAGACCAUCAUCAACAACGAGAUCCCGGACUGCUACACCUUCACCAUCACCAUAACCUUCGACAACAAGGCUCACAGCGGCCGGGUGAAAAUCCGCCUCGACAACCGGGCUGACAUCAAGGAGUGCAAGGACCCCAGCGUCUUCGGCCGAGGCGACAACUCCUUCCGGCUCUUCUUCGACGUCAUCGUGCUCCUCGUGUGCUCGCUCUCCUUCAUCCUGUGCGCCCGCUCCAUCAUCCGGGGCCUCAUGCUGCAGCACGAGUUCAGCCGGUUCUUCCAGCGCCGCUACAACCAGAGCGUGUGCCUCUCGGACCGCAUGGAGUUCCUCAACGGCUGGUACAUCCUGCUGGUGGUGAGCGACGUCCUCACCGUGCUGGGCACCAUCAUGAAGAUCGGCAUCGAGUCCAAGAACUUCGCCAGCUAUGAUGUCUGCAGCAUCCUCCUGGGCACCUCCACGCUGCUGGUCUGGGUUGGGGUCAUCCGCUACCUCACCUUCUUCCAGAAGUACAACAUCCUCAUCGUCACGCUGCGGGUGGCCCUGCCCAACGUCAUCCGCUUCUGCUGCUGCGUGGCCGUCAUCUACUUGGGCUACUGCUUCUGUGGCUGGAUCGUGCUGGGCCCGUACCACGUCAAGUUCCGCUCCCUUUCCAUGGUGUCCGAGUGCCUCUUCUCCCUCAUCAACGGCGACGACAUGUUCGUGACCUUCGCCGAGAUGCAGCAGAACAGCUACCUGGUGUGGCUCUUCAGCCAGAUCUACCUGUACACCUUCAUCAGCCUCUUCAUCUACAUGGUGCUCAGCCUCUUCAUCGCCCUCAUCACCGGUUCCUAUGAGACCAUCAAGCACCAGUGCGAGGGCGAAGCGCCCGUCUCCCAGCUCCACGCCUUCGUCGCCGAGUGCAAGGACAGCCCCAAGUCGGGCAAGUACCGCCGCGAGAGCACCUCAUCCUGCUCCGUCUUCUGCUGCUGCGAGAGGGCUGCUCUGCCGGACAACGGGCUGCUGGUGAACUGAGGGACGCUGCCACCGCCGCACGGACUCUGGGGCCCGCCGUGGACGCCGGGGCUGCCUCCCCGCACUCUUUUAUUUAUUUUAAUCGGCUUUUAUCGGCGCCGGAGCUCGGCGACCGUCCCGGAGCGGCCGAGAUGGCGCCGUGUUUUCCGGGGCAGAUCUCGAAGCGCCGGGAACAAGACGGAUGAUUGUGGCCCCCCGUUUCCCGCGAUGGAGGGGGUGUCUCGGUGCUGCAGCACCCAAACUGCCCCCCCAGCGGGACCCCAGGGACCCCCUCGGCACCCCAGGUUUGGUGCCGCCAAGCCGGGAGCCCUCGCUGGAGCCCAGAGCGGAGCUGGGGCGAGAGCGAAAGGGCUUGGGGCUGCGGCAGGGAGUUGAAGGGCGCUUUGUUUCCCGUUUCACUCGCGGCCCCGUGCCGGGCGCGGGCUGGCACCUCCCGCCCGGCGCCUCCGUCUCGCUCUCGGCGCGGCCCCGCACCGCGCCGGCGCCUCUGCGUUUUGGCUCGCGCGAGCCCCGAGGCUGUUUACGCGCAGUUGGGUCAAGGGCAGGUUUUGUGACCGCAGGAGCAGCUGUUUGCUGCUGGAACAGGGCCAGCCACUGCCUGGCCUCUUCCUCCUCCUCCUCCUCGUCCUGGGCCCGGGCCGAGAGGAUGAAAGGGGCAGCUGAGCCAGGACUGAGCUCUUGGGCCGACUUUGUCCCCAGCGCAGGGCCCGUCAGAGCAUUCGCUGCUCCGUUUCCUCUAAUCCUGCCUUUCACUCCUGAACUGAGUUGUGCCCGGUCUCAGCGGCGGUGCUGCAGGCCAGGCCCGUUCACCCCAGCCCUCGGUCGCUGUUUUUGGGCCGCGUCAAGCGGGAAGACGGGGCCGGAUGACGCCACCGGCCCUAGCGGGGUGUCCCAUGGGUGCCCAGCCUGGGUGCUGGGCCGCGCUGGGCGAAUAAAGUAUCCCGGGAGGAAAA